AUGAUUGUGCGAGUUAAUGUGAUCCUGUCCCUGUUCGGUACGUUCUUGCUGGUGAAGGCCGCACCCUACGGAAAGCAAGAUGACGAUGAGUUUCGUGAUAAAAAGUACGACGAGCAGGUGAAGCAGGUCACCAAAGUGGGCAAUACUUAUGUGGCUGCACUAGAAAUUUACGACAACCCGCCCGAUCAGGAUAACGCUCGCAAGGAGGUGGACAAUUUCCCAUCGAACAUCUACAGCAAGUACGAUGGUCUGCAGCAUAAAGUGAAGAGCUUUUUCGAUGCCGAACCACUCAUCGAUAACAUCAGGGAAUCGGACAAGUAUGGCAACACGGGCGACCAGUUCUACUUUAUCACGAAACCGCUCGUCGAAACGACCGCCAAGGUGAACAUGUUCAUCAACUCCGUCAUAGCGGCACCAAAGAAACUUCUUAGCGGAUUUCAGAAGCAGGCCAACGAUAAGCUGAACGACGUUGGAGCAGCUUUAGUAGGUUUGAGGCGAUGA